AUGAGGCAGGAGGUUGGGACAGCUGUCGGUGAGGAAGGACUGGAGCGGCGAGGUGGGCGGGCAGUUGUGAGUUGCGUCAUCGGGCUGCUUGUCGAGAGUGUUACAUUGCCAGUGGGAGGACGGCACCUGCCGACCGUAGUGGCACUCCCGCCAGCCCUUGGUUUUGGAUGUGGCACGGCAGCAUUGGGCGUAGAGGAAGUAGAGCACACGGCACAGGCGGCAUACUAUCUCUCUCAGCAUAUCAAGCAGCUCUUCGGGGUCAGCCGGGUAGUACAGCUUAGCGCGGUUGUUGGCGAAGUCGACGGAGUAGGGGUAGGCGGCCAGGUCGAAGCCGCGUCCGUGGCCCUGUAUUGUGAUAAGCAGCGAGUUGGCGUGUGA